AUGAUGGACAUUGAGGAGACGCCGUCGGUUGCCCAGUACUAUGAAGGGAAAUGUAUGUUUGUCACUGGGGCAACAGGCUUUAUCGGGAAAGUCCUCAUCGAGAAACUUCUGCGCUGCUGCCCAAAUAUCCGCUCUAUUUACCUUCUUAUGAGGCCCAAAAAAGGACAGACCAUUGAACAACGACUUGAAGACAUGGUACAGAACAGGCUUUUUGAUAAAUUACGGAAAGAACGUCCAAACUUUGAGGAUGUCUUACGGCCAGUGCAGGGAGAUAUAAUGGCAGAUAAGCUUGGUGUCAGCGAACAUGACAGUCAACUGCUGGCAGAGGAGGUUGAGAUAGUAUUUCACAGUGCAGCAACUAUCCGGUUCGAUGAACACAUCAGGAAUACGUCAGAAAAUAUGAAAAUGUUCCUCUUUUUUUUCUUUUGGUCUUUCUUUUUUUUUUUUUUUUCUGUCUUUUUUCCUGUCAUUCUUCAUUUUGUUUUCUUCCUUCUGUCUAUCUUUUCCUUCAUUUUGUUUUCUUCCUUCUGUCUAUCUUUUCCUUCAUUUUGUUUUCUUCCUUCUGUCUAUCUUUUCCUUCAUUUUGUUUUCUUCCUUCUGUCUAUCUUUUCCUUCAUUUUGUUUUCUUCCUUCUGUCUAUCUUUUUCCUUCAUUUUGUUUUCUUCCUUCUGUCUAUCUUUUCCUUCAUUUUGUUUUCUUCCUUCUGUCUAUCAUUUGUUUUUUUUCCUUCAUUUUGUUUUCUUCCUUCUGUCUAUCUUUUCUUUCAUUUUGUUUUCUUCCUUCUGUCUAUCUUUUUCCUUCAUUUUGUUUUCUUCCUUCUGUCUAUCUUUUCCUUCAUUUUGUUUUCUUCCUUCUGUCUAUCUUUUUCCUUCAUUUUGUUUUCUUCCUUCUGUCUAUCUUUUCCUUCAUUUUGUUUUCUUCCUUCUGUCUAUCUUUUCCUUCAUUUUGUUUUCUUCCUUCUGUCUAUAUCUUUUCCUUCAUUUUGUUUUCUUCCUUCUGUCUAUCUUUUCCUUCAUUUUGUUUUCUUCCUUCUGUCUAUCAUUUUUUUUUCCUUCAUUUUUUUUUUCUUCCUUCUGUCUAUCUUUUCCUUCAUUUUGUUUUCUUCCUUCUGUCUAUCUUUUCCUUCAUUUUGUUUUCUUCCUUCUGUCUAUCUUUUCCUUCAUUUUGUUUUCUUCCUUCUGUCUAUCUUUUCCUUCAUUUUGUUUUCUUCAGUUUUUAUUACUUUCAGUAUUUCUUUCUGACAGUGUUUUUUAUUUCUUUUACUCACUCUUUUUUUUCUUCUUUCAGUUUGUGAUUCUAUUUGUUUGCUUCUUUUUUCUCUCUCUCUUUUGCUCCUUCUUUCUCGCACAUCUUUCUUUCUUGCCCCCCUCUCUUUUGUUCCUCCAUUCUUGCCCCCCUCUCUUUUCUUCCUUCCUUCUUGCCCCCUCUCUUUUGUCCCGUCCUUCUCGCACCUCCCUCUCUUUUGUCCCGUCCUUCUCACACCUCCCUCUCUUUUGUUCCUUCAUUCUCACACCUCCCUCUCUCUAA